CGUCCACCCAACCCCAGCAGAUACGCCGUCACCGCCAGCAACCAAUCCCUAGGAGGGAGGGAAAAAGUCCCGACCCCGACAAUCACUCCCUACUCAUCACAUACCUUAUACAUCUCGUACCUACUGCGCCGCCAACCGCGGGGCUCCCACGCCUGCCUCUCGGACCAAACCACGCAGACGACCGCCGCCGCAAUGUCGCAACGGGCGCGCAACUACCCCCCCGAUAACUACAACACGCCAUCGUUCCCCAGCAUCAACUGGCAGCUUCGGGACCUGACAGCGGAUCACCGAUGGAGCCUCUUCCACAUCAGCGACAUCUGGCGCUUCACCGUGUUAUGGACCACCAUCAUCUACGCCGUCGUGCACCUCGGCGCCGCGGCCAUCACCAUCGCCAUGCACACCAACAAGCGGGGGUCGCUGACGUACCUCUGGGCCGUGCCGCUGCUAUAUCUCAUUGUGUCGGGUGUGCAAGCGCUGGUCGCGGGCAGCGUUGUCGGGCUCAUCCUCGGCGCCGUCUACAACGCUGGUUUCUUUUCCAUGUCGACCUGGAUCCCACUGCUCUGGGGCGCCAUCAACGUGCUGGUCCUCAUUAUUGCGUCCUUCACGAUCCAGGGCGGCCUAUGAUUCGAUUAAACACACACACACACCCACACCCACA